UCGUUCGGGUGCACACACCAUAAUAAAUCAGUGCCAGCAGAGUUGGUGCAAAAAGUCUAGAAUGCGUCAGAAGAAAAAGCAGUGAUCCGCAAAUUGCAGUGAAACAGUGAAUAAUUGUGUGGAGGAAAAUGUGGCCCUAGAAUCCGUUCCGACUAGCAAUGAAACCAGUGGCGAAGUGCGCUACAAUGAAGCCCGGCCCCGAUGGUGGCCAAAUAGUGUCGAACAGUGCGCUCCAAGUGGCGAAAAACGAGUGUAGUAAAUAUUGUACGCAGCAGCAAGAGGAAAAGUUCAGUGGCAGUAGUAAAAAUAGUGCCCGUGUUGAGAUCUCGAAAACAGAACCAAAAACGACGGCAGAACCAAUUCCGGAAGGUGGCCAUCGGAAAAGUUCAUCCAACUUUCCACCGUCAACCUCCUUGGUGGCGGCUGGUCCGAUUUCAGCUGUAGCAGGAGCGAAGAUAACGAUGACAAUGGCAGCGACGUCGGUGGCGGAGCAGGGUGCGAAGGCGUCGAAAAAUCACGUAGACACAUACAGCAGCAACAGCAGCCCCGCGAAAACGUCGUCGUCGUCGUCGUCAACGUCUCUCGCUAAAAAUAAUGAUAAAUGCGAAACACCGGCGAAGGAUAUCAACGGGCCCCGCGCUGAUAAUGAACCUUCACGUAGCCACAAGAAAAAGAAAAACAAAGACAAGGACCGCGAGCGUGAGAAGGAACACAAAAAGUGUCGUCGCUCCGAUGAUCAUACCAUUUCCAGCAGUGGUCUUCUAUCAACUAACACCAGUAGCCUGAGCUCGAAGGACAAGUCAUCCAGCAAUUCGUUGAUCCAAAACAAGGAAAACCAGCACCACCUGUUGCAAAAGCCGGAUGCAGCCCUGGACAAAGCUCCCCCAACCGUUGACUUUCCACCGCAGAUGAAACAGGAACUUACAAUUGAGACGAAUACCAUCAGUAGCCAGCAGUCACCGGGUAGGUUGCUUAGCAGCGGGGGUACCAGCACUGUCGCUGCUCCCGUGACGGCAGCAGCGGCGGCGGCAGCAGCAGCAGCUGUAGUUUCCGGCGGCACUCCGAUUUCACCUAUCAACCUACUGCUGAAUUUGGAACGGAGCAACAGUGAAAAUAGCAACAUUAAAAAGCAAGACAUCUUCAUCAAAAAGGAGUACAAGCCGUUGAAGCAGGACAAAACGCGCGAAGAUGUGACAAGAGCGCUCACGUUUGGUGACACGAAUGGUCCUAUCAGCAGCACCAACACUACCAUUAGCAGCAGCAGCAGCAGCAGCAGCGGCAGCGGCAGCAGUAGUGUCACCGGCAGUACAACUAACUUAACUAGCAAUAAGAACUCCAAUAUUUUGAUAAAGAUUGAAUCGCCCAAGAAUGUGGAAGAUAAAUCGAGCGUGGUGAAAAAGGAAAUAUCAAACGAGGUUGUAGCGACUCCAGAAAAACUGGCCAAUGGAGGUAUGAAUGGGCCUGCCGCAGCGCUUUCAACUCCUCCCGUACACAUCAAGCAGGAAACACCAGCGGAGAAAAGCUCUACACAUUCACAUGAUUCGCACGGUCAUCACGGCAGUAAAUCAUCGUCCCAUGUUAGCAGUACUAGUGGCAGCAAGUUAUCUAAUUCGUCCUCAUCUUCAUCAGUGCACAGAGGCAGCAGUAGCAGUGGAAGCAGUCGGGAAUGUUCCCGGUGCUAUAAACGAUCGAAAAUUAAGCGAGCAAACAUUGGAAUUCAGUGCAAGCGUGAUAAGGUGGAAGUUCCGACCUCAUUGGCUGGAGUGGUACCGCUAGAACCUUCCACGAGGAUAGCUGCUGUUAACAGGGAUAUGAACUGCAAUCGGAAAGGUCUCGAGCAUCUCAAGUAUGGCCGGUUCAUGCGAAUUGAGGUGCACCCGAAUGGAGGUGCUUCUGUUGUGCAUAUGUAUCAAGACGAAAUUAGCGUUCUUUCGGAAAGCGAAAUGGAGGAGCUCGUAAGCGAGUUUUUCUCCGUUUGCUUCAACGAGGAUGAAGAAGGCUACGCUGAUCAUGUGAUGGGAAUUGUACAUAAUGCGGCCGCUUAUCUGCCGGAUUUGCUGGAACAUAUGGCGGAAAAUUAUGCCAAUCUCACGGUGAAAGCCGGUGUGUUGGGUAGGAAUUCUGACAUUGAAACUUGCACGAUGAGUCAGUACAAUGAACAGGUUGUAAAGAACUAUUCACACGGAACAGUUCGGUACGGUCCGCUGCAUCAGAUCAGUCUAGUGGGAAAGGUCCACGAGGAGGUUGGUGGUUACUUUCCUGAUCUGCUGAAACGGCUCGAAGAUAAUCCAUUCCUCAAUAAGACGAUGCCCUGGGGAGAACUAUCGAUUGUGCAAAUGGAUCCUCGUUUGUCGAACGACGGUCCCAUAUUAUGGAUCAGAUCCGGAGAACAGCUAGUUCCAACGGCGGAAAUCAACAAAACCCCCAUGAAGAGGCAAAGGACACGGAUAAACGAGUUGAGAAAUCUGCAAUACUUACCACGGCUUACGGAAGCCCGAGAAACAAUGAUCGAAGACCGCACCAAGGCACACGCAGAUCACGUCGGGCACGGUCACGAUCGGAUGACGACAGCGGCAGUUGGUGUACUGAAAGCCGUUCGCUGUGGAAUCCCCGACGAACUAAAUCGCAUCACCAAAGACGUGGUCGCAUUCGAUGCUCACUACUUUCCGCACCUUGUGGAGAAGCUGCAGCUGGAUUUGCACGAACCACCGAUUUCACAGUGCGUCCAGUGGGUUGAGGAUGCCAAGUUGAACCAACUGCGGCGGGAGGGCAUCAAAUAUUCGCGGAUAUCGUUGUAUGAUAACGAUAUAUACUUUCUGCCCCGCAACAUUAUACACCAGUUUCGAACGGUGACUGCCGUCACCAGCAUAGCCUGGCAUCUGCGGCUCAAGCAGUACUAUCCAGAUCAAGAAAUUGUACAGGAAAUUGCUAAUGGAUACGAAGUAGAUCCACCUCACUACAAGGAAAAGCAAACUAUUUUACCGCAUCCAAUAUCGGCGGAGGAUAAAAAGCAUACACCGGUCAAGCGGACGCACGACGGUAAACCAAAGAAGGUUGAAAAGAAAGACUUGAACGCGACUCCAAAUGCCAAGGACGAUAAACGAACAUCCGAGGUAGAAGAUACACCAGACAAGCAAACAGCUAAACUGGCCAAAAUCGACAUGAGAAACUUGGUGACAGAUGAAAAACUAAUUAAAGUGGAAAAGAAAAGCAGCAGCGGUAGUAUUUCAUCAUCCAGCCACAAGCACCCGUCUUCUUCGUCAACCUCAUCGUCUCAUAAGUAUCACAGUAGCAGUAGUAAGAAGGACAAACACCGCUCGAAUGGUGAGCGAGACAAAGAUCGAGACAGAGAUAAAUAUCGCGAUCGUGAUAAGAACAGGGAACGAGAUAAGGAUCAUGACCGUGAGCGAGAUCGAGAUCGGGAUCGUUAUCGGCAUCACAAAUACCAUUCCUCUUCAAGUAAGUCGUCGUCGAUAUCAUCAUCAAAGCAUCGUGAUUCAGAUGAACGAAAUAGAAAGCUGUCGCAUUCUUCAUCCUCGUCGGAACGACACCCACACAGUGGUAGCAGCAGUCGACGAGAGUCCACUUCUAGUGUCACAAAGGAAAAGGAAUGCAACGUUGCAGUUGUACCACCUCCCAUCGCAGUCGAAAUCGAAAUCGAACAUAUUCCUGAAGUUUCCUCCACUGGUGGCAACGAUAUCAUUCAUGAGGACCAUGUUAUGAUAGAAGAUGCGCAUCCAACAGCAGUACUCACCAGCAGCGAAAGCAAUUACGAGCCUGUGAUAAACUGUAACGACGAAGCUAAGCUUACUGUUGCAAUCGAAACGACAAUUUCGGCAGAGGGCGAUGAAAUCUGCACUGAAACUCUGCUACUAGUGAAACCGGAAGAGGAAGUUAUUACUACCACAAUUGUGGAUGACGAUCAGCAUCUAAGCGCAAUGCCAGCUGAGCAUUGCGUGGUGAAAACCGUUGAAAAUGUUAAAAUCGCACCUACACAGCCGCCUCUACCCACGGAAACACCACCACCAUUACCACCUUCUCCACCCGUUAUCCCUCCAGCACCGCCGGUAGCACCGCCCGCACCGGGCAGUACACCAACUAAAUCGUACAACCACGACACCGUGGAGCGAGUUUCAUCAACACCAAAGAUGAAAAAGUGCAUUCAAGGUGCCGUUAUUCACCCCAAUAGCAGUAGCAGUAGUGUUCCUCAUCAAAAACAAACCAAUCAUCUGUCGUCAACGCUAUUAUCAUCGUCGUCAUCAUCUUCAUCAUCAACAUCGAAAGUACCAUCCAAGACAUCCAGUGAUCUGUUAAGUUCAAUUAUGGCGCGAAUGGACAACACACCAAACCGAAAUGCCAACAAUUUCUAAGAUUUCUUUGACUUCCAGAUUCCUCCUCCUUAAACUUUCUUGGCACCCGACUUUUGUUCUCUGAAGUUAAUUCUUUUUGAUCACAUUUCUUCGUAAAAGUCGUUAACUAUUUUUUCUUUCCUUUCAACUCUCAAAAAGGCAAUUUCUUUUGCUGCCUCGCUGUGCGUGUGCUGAUGUAGACAAUUUCGGCAGAAUGAUCUAAUCGACAAUUUCUAAUCGGCAUAUUUUUUCAGUUCAAAAGACUCAAGACUCAAAAUUACGAAAACCCCGUUUCGUUGUACAUGAUAUGGUGCAUUAGCUCUAGAAUUCACAGGCAAGGUACAAAAAAUUCGCACUGCCAUCUCUCUUAACAAAACCAGAAUACUGAUAAACAACAGCGUUAUCUGUGCUUUCAGUUUCUCAAUUCACGAUCUCCCCUUGUUUCGAAAGGAAAAAAACGGCAUAAACUCAAGAAACAAGCCGCAGUGGUUUGUCAAUGUUAUUAUUCUACGUGUAGAAAUAUAUUGCAUAUUCAUGUUUCCCUCCCGCACACACAAACACAGAAACACACGUGAAAUGCUUGUUUGAUCACAUUGUUCUAGUAAGUUAAAAUGAAGGAAUAUGCAAAGAAACAAUUAAAACAUAUUUUUAUCUCUAUUUCAAACAAAAAAGGAAGCAAAUUUACUACCUUGUAAGAAAUAAUUACUUAUAGUGAAUAGUUUUAGACAAAACUUAAAGUAGUUGAAACAUUAGAUUCAGGAGUAAAUAACAGCAAAAGUGAAUAGAUAAAACACCCAACACACACCCACACAAAACAAACGAGUGCAUCGCUGUGAAAAACUGAACAUAAGUAAGGGUCGUAUGAAGUGAGUGUUAGUUUAACUUGUUAACGAUUUGUUGAUCAGCUGACAGUGGCUUUAAUUUAUUACGUGGGCCGUCAAAAUAAUAUGAAGAAAAAGAGCAACACAAACAUUCAAAAAAUAUUUGUGUCGAGCAGAUGUUGGCAGCAGAAACGAGAUAGGUUCGAUACCCGAAAGGGUCAACACUGAUGGUUUGCAUUGUCCAGAGCAGGUACAGGAUUAUUAAGAUAACUUAUUUUUAUUAUCGAUAGGUACUGUCUGAAUAGAAACCCUGGAGGCACGUAGCCUACGACGUUCUACUACUGCGUAGGUACUUUUUUUCGUUUAGAGCACACCGCAACCCUCCUUCUGUAGCAAUUCUUCGUAGUCCUAUUACACUAUACCUACUUAUCAAUGCCUUCACUUCUACUGGCUCGCAAAAGCGAUAUAUUGUAUGAUGUAUUGUUCUUAGUUUUAAACUAUUGAUUAGUUCUUCCGUUUUAUAUUAUUUUUAUAAAAUAUUAUUUAUGUAAACACACUACACAUACACUACAGACACGUAAAGCUAUCGCGUUGUAUGUAUAUUUUAUUAUAUAUGAAAAUGAUUAAAAAUUUAUCUCUAUUCAAUC